CCAUAAUGUCAUCUCGCAGUUGGUUAGAAAGCCUUGGUUGAAAGUCACUAUUGUAAUGGUGUUAUUAAAUCAAAUUAAAUAUUUUACCAUAACUUUUAGGCAUGUUGCUCAAUGAAAUGAAUUGCUUGCUAAUUAAAUAGUUUGUGAAAGCUAACAAUAAAUAGGACUGGAGGAUACUGGUUUAAACUGUUUGAUCUUAAGUCUUUACUUCCUUUGACUGGUCUGAAUCUACCUGCCAGCAUGAGUCGUCAGUGUAAGAACUGUGGUGGAGCAGACAUCGACACAGACCCAGCCCGGGGGAGUGCAGUCUGCACAGCCUGUGGUUCGGUUCUGGAGGAUAAUAUCAUCGUAUCUGAGAUUCAGUUUGUGGAAAACAGCGGAGGGGUGUCUUCAGCGGUCGGCCAGUUUGUAUCUGCAGAUGGUACUUCCAAAGCUCCGGUCCUGGGCAGUGGGUUCCACACAAGUCUGGGAAAAGAAUCGCGAGCUCAGACGCUCCAGAACGGGAAACGGCAGAUACACAACCUCGGCAGCCAGCUGCAGCUGAACCAGCACUGCCUGGAUACAGCCUUUAAUUUCUUCAAGAUGGUGGUGAGCAAGCACUUGACACGAGGGCGAAAGAUGACACACGUCAUAGCCGCCUGCCUCUACCUGGUCUGCAGGACAGAGGGAACGCCACACAUGCUCCUGGACCUGAGUGAUCUUUUACAGGUUAAUGUUUACAUUCUGGGAAAGACCUUCCUCCUGUUGGCUAGAGAGCUCUGUAUCAACGCUCCAGCCGUCGAUCCAUGUCUGUACAUUCCACGAUUCGCCCACAUGUUGGAGUUUGGUGAAAAGACUCAUGAGGUUUCGAUGACUGCUCUCAGACUGCUGCAGAGGAUGAAAAGAGACUGGAUGCACACAGGGCGGCGGCCAUCAGGCUUGUGUGGUGCAGCUCUGCUCGUGGCAGCUCGUAUGCAUGAAUUCCGUCGUACUGUGAAGGAGGUGAUAUCUGUCGUCAAGGUGUGCGAGGCCACAUUGAGAAAAAGGCUGACAGAGUUUGAGGAGACCCCCACCAGUUCCCUGACCAUUGAUGAGUUCAUGCGAGUGGACCUUGAGCAAGAAUGUGAUCCUCCAUCAUUUGUUGCUGGAAAGAAAAAAAUCAAGAUGCAGCAGCUGGAGCAGGAGUUGGCCAAGAAACUUGAGGAAUAUCAAGGUGAGAUCAACUCAUACCGCGAUGAGAUUGAGACACAGCUGGCAGGGAGCAGCAGAACCAAACUGAGAGGGAUUUAUUCCUCCUACGCAAGAGAAGAUGAUGACUGUGUGUCCUUGGCCUCUGGGGUGACUGGGGACGAAGAUCCAGAGGAUGAGGAAAUGGAGGCAGCAGCCCAACAUCUCAACCAGGAGUUCUUCAGUCAGGUGCUAGAGCAGGGGGACCAGGAAGGGAUGGAGGAUCAGGAGGGGAGUAAGGAUACGGUACCUCUCUCUAGUCAGUCCACGCAUGUGCCCCUGACAGCCCUCCUCGGCCCUCUGCCCAGUGCAGCCAGCCUUGGUCUAACAGACUCCAUUAGGGAAUGCAUCGCAGAGGAGACUACAAACAUGGAAGAUAAAUCAAAUAAUGGGGAACUAGAUCUAGAUGGGAUUGAUGAAGAUGAAAUUGAAAAGUACAUUCUGAAUGAGAUAGAGGUCGAGGCAAAGACAGAGCUGUGGAUGAAGCAAAAUGAGGAGUAUUUGAGGGAACAAAAAGAAAAAGAAGAAAGAAUAGCUAAAGAGAAGGAACAGGGGACCUAUAAGGAGAAGCCAAAGAAGCCGUCCAAGAAGCGAGAACCGAUCCUGGCCAGCACUGCGGGAGAGGCCAUAGAGAAGAUGCUGGAGCAGAAAAAGAUCUCCAGUAAGAUCAAUUAUGAUGUUUUGUGGGACCUCAACAGCAAGGGCAGCGGGAGCAACACCACCCAGCAAGCUGAAGACGUGCCCGCCGGUGGCUCCGGACGCAAGAAGUUGACCCGCCGCAAGAAGCAGCUAAACAAGAGCAAUCUUGGGCUCGCUAAACCCGCGAGCCUCAUGGGCAAGAGGCUCCGCCCUUUAAUAUCAUCCGCUCCCAAGAAGAAGAGGACAGCAGCCACACCGGUCACUCCCAACAUCACCACAAUGUUGCCUCUUGCAGCCCCAGAGCCCCCUCCAACCCCCACCCCUCCCCCCGUGUUGGAAAUUGGGCCUGUGGCAUAUGAGGAACCCGCUGAGGAAGAAGAGGAAAUUGAGGAAGAGGUGGAAGAGUCUUGCGUUAGCGCCAUGGAGCUGAUAGGUGGAAAUGAUUACGGAUGUGAAGCUGAAGAAGAGGAGGUUUUUUAGACUGAACUUGUCUGCCCACCAAACUUGUCCUCAUGUCCUCUUCCAUUACCCUGUAUAGUGAGGAGAAGAGCGUUUAAGGCACAUUUGAGACACCUAUAAUAUGCUGCACAUUUACGAAAGGUCAUUCUCUGUAUGACUGGUUAAACUGCAGCAUCUGUGUGAUAAGUGAGCUACUACAGAGGAAGGUGGCUGGCAGCUUUAGACUGAAGAACAAUCAGUGCAUAAACCAUUUUAGCACUUUUUAGCUCCAUUUUAGCCAAUGUUCCACUAGAAAUUCAAGAGACGGAAAGCACUGAAGUAGUUUUUUGAGGAUCUCAGAGAAGAUGUUUCGCAGAUGCAGUUGGAUUUGAAAACAUGUGAAGAUACUGAAAUCUGCUCAGCUUAAUAAUAACGUUGAAUGCAUUGUGGGAUAAUGUACUAGCGAUUUGUUGUACAUUUACACUUGUACCACAUUUAUUGUACAUAUAUAGUAAGAAGCUGUAAAAUUAUGUCACAAUGUUUAACUUUUUAUUUUUUAGCUAUUUAAUGCUUCAUAUGUCUGUAUAUAUGUAUAUGUAACAGUAUUUUGUUAGAUGCACUGUUAUAUUUCCUAAUUCCUUGAAAAGUAAAUGUUCCUCUGUGUUGGGUUAUGAUAAAUAUUAAUGUGUAAUAUACUGCAGUGUUUUGUACAGAAAUGUUAUGAACCUCGUUUUUAUCUGUUUUCAUUGAAUAUUAUUGUCAGAUGUAGAUUUCAGAGUACAGAUCUGGGAUUUGAAACUAGGGAGUAGAACAAUACAAUGUAUGUGAACAAAUUCACAUUUGUUCAGGAUGCUUUGUGAUGAUUUUUUUAUGCUUUUUGCGUUCUUUUUGAAGUUUAAAAGCCCCUGUCUUCAUUUAUUGUAAUUGAAUGAAGAAAAAACGACCACCACUUUCCUCAAAAAUUCUAAUUUUGUGUUUCACUGAAGAAAGAAGGAAAGUCAUACAGGAUUGGAAAGACAUGAGGGUGAGUAAAUGAUGACAGAAUUUUGACGUUUGGCUGAACUAAUGCUUUAAAAUGUGAAUUCAGAGUGUAUUUCUUCAUAUAUAUUUCCCUUUCUUGUUUCUUUUCAUAUUUUUCAUGUCAAGCAACUACUGUACAGCCUCUUACAGCAGAGAUUCCCAAGCUCUUUUUUUAGCCAAAACCCUUUGACAUAAAAUAUUUACUUGAAGUA